CUAACUGGAACAUAUAAUAUGCUAAAAAUGUACUCAAUGAUGAAAUUUAUGGAUUGGAUAAAGUCAAAGAAAGAAUAAUUGAAAUGAUUGCAGUUAAUUAAAUAAAGAAUACUCAUGCAAGAAGUAAAGGAUUUAUUUUAUUACUUUAAGGACCACCAGGUACUGGUAAGACUUCUAUUGCUAAAGCAGUUGCUAAGGCUUUGUAAAAAGAAAGCAGAUUUAUAAGUUUUGCUGGUAUUUCAGAUCCUUCCUUCUUUAAAGGUCAUAGAAGAACUUAUGUAGAUUCCUAACCAGGAGUUUUUGUUAAAGAAUUAAUUAAAGCUUAAACUAUGAAUCCAGUUUUUAUUUUAGAUGAAAUCGAUAAAAUCUCUAGAUCUGGUAUGGGUGCCGAUCCUUAUUAUUCUCUUAUGGAAAUUUUAAAUCCGGAAGAAAAUUCAAACUUUACAGAUCAUUAUAUGGAUAUUAAAAUUGAUUUUUCAAAUAGUAUUUUCAUUUUAACUGCUAAUAAUAUUAUUAACAUGUUAGAACCACUUAAAAAUAGACUUGAAAUUAUUGAUAUCCCUGCAUACAUAGAAGAAGAGAAAAUUUAAAUUUCUCAAAAAUAUAUAAUCCCAAAAGCAUUAUAGGCGAACGGAAUUAAUCAAAAGCUUUUAAGUGUCGAUGAAUAAACAAUAUCCUUUAUUAUAAAAAAUUGGUGUUAUGAUGAACCUGGAGUUAGAGGGCUUAAAAGAUGCUUUGAAACCCUUUUAAGAAAAUAUGCAGUGGAACUUUUAUAAAAAAAUCCUUAAUUAACUUAGAUAUAAUAAAUAUAUUAAUAAUAAGACAUUGAAAAAGAAUAAUAGCAAUAAUAAUUAGAAUAACCAGAAACCUAAGAGAAAAAAUAAAAUAUAGAAUAUUAAACUAUAUUAACAGAUUAAAACUUAAACUAAUUAAAUUUACCUAUAUUAGAUCUUACCCAUAAAUCAGAUUAAUUAGAAAACAUAAAAAAAUAUUUAGGAGUUCCAUUAUUUGAUGCAGAAAGUGAUUCAAGAUUAUACAAAAAAUUUCCACCAGGAGUUAUAAAUAUAUUAAGUGUAGCUGGUUUUGUAGGACAUGUAAUGAAAAUUGAAUGUGUUUAUGAUUAUUCUUAAACAGAAAAAAAGGGAACAUUUAAUUCAAGUGGAAAUCUUUAAUAAGUACUCUAAGAAUCACUUACAAUAGCCAAAAUAAAUGCUUUUAAUUUUCUCAAUGAAGAAUAAAAAAAACAACUUUCUUAAAAUAAUAUCCAUAUACAUUUCAUGUCUGGAGCAGUUCCUAAAGAUGGCCCUUCAGCUGGUAUUGCUAUUUGUACUGCUUAUUUAUCAUUAGCUAUGGGAAUUUCCGUUCCUGCAAAUUUAGCAAUGACAGGAGAACUUUCCCCAUUAGGAGAAGUUUGCAAAAUCGGAGGACUUUUGUAAAAAGUGAUUGGUGCUAAAACUCUUAAUAUUGAUACCAUUAUUUGUCCUUAUUCUAAUAUGAGUGAUAUUCAUGAAUUUCCUAAAAUUUUAUUAGAAGGAAUAACUAUUUAUUUCGUUAAGGAAUAUAAAUAAGUUUAUAGUAUAGUCUUUGAAAAUAAGAGAGGAGGGGAAGCUGGUGUAGUUAUUUUGAAAGAAGGAAAAUUCUAAAAUUAUCAAGGAAGCAAUAUUAAUAUUUCUAAUAAUGGAACCGAAGAUAUAAUUUAAAAUCAAAAAGAUAUUAUUGUCUGA